AUGCACCAACAAGGAAGCUGUUCGCCACCUGCCCGCGAGGCAGUCCAUAGUUCGCCGGAUACGUCGCUGCCAACAGAUUUAACACCAAGAAAACGAAAGCUGACACAAAGAAUUAAUGAGCAAAAGUUAAAAUUGGCAAAGCAGAGGAAAAAACUGUGGAGAAUGCGACAUCUUGCCACGAAGAAGCCUGAUGUAAAAGCUGUGGCAACAGAGGCUGUUAAGCAUAUGUCUCCAAAAUGUGGAACAUUAUUUGGUAUGCAGCUUCUACACAAGCCUUUCACUCCUUGGACAGAAGCGGAGAGACGGCUGUCGUUGAGUUUAUUUUAUAAAAGUCCUGCUGCAUAUGACCACUUAAGAAGAGAAGUUGGAAUGAAACUACCUUCGAAAAAAAUUAUUCAGAAGUGGGUCAGUGAAAUGGAUAUUAUAGCGGGCACAGAAACUAAACUAUUUGAACAUCUUGUAGUAAAAGUGAAGACAAUGGAUGAUAGUUGCCGAGAUUGUGUAUUGGUGUUCGACGAAAUGAGUGUGAGGAAGUGUCUCAGCUACUGCGCUAAGUAUGAUGUCGUUGAGGGCUAUGAAGAUUUUGGUAGCCUCGGACGUACGUCUAAGGUGGCAACACAGGCUCUCAUGUUCCUUGUUCGUGGGCUGCGUCAAAAAUGGAAAUUACCUGUUGCCUAUUUUACGUCUUGUAAACAGACCAAAUCUGAUGUAAUGAAACAGUUGCUGUUCGUUGUAUUAGAGAAACUUUUUACUGUUGGUUUAAAGGUUCGUUGCAUUGUUUGUGACCAAGGGUCCAAUAACCGUUCAUUAGUGCGUGAUCUCGGCGGCCGUUUAGCGGGCAGCGUCGCUCUCCGUGUCGUCCCGGGACACGGCGCAGGAAUGCGACUCAUUACAAGGGCCGCCUGCCGACGAGGGAAAGAGGGGGGCGGGGGGCAGGGGGCGCGCUCCUAA